GAGAGAGCGAGCGAGCGAGAGAAAGAGAGAGAGCAUCAAGGCACCACCAGAGCAGGCUCCACCAUCCACAGACUGUGAGGUACAAGUGCCACAAGGAGACUAUAUCCCGCUAAAAUAAUGGAUGGGACAAAGCCGGCCAUGGAGUCCAACGCGGAGGAGACUCAGGAUGAGGGCCAGGAGAGCAAAGGUACGCUCGAUCCUCCGCUGACAUUUGCGCGUUUUCCUCUGUUUUUCUUUGGAGACGUUCUGCGCCAGGCUGAGCGGUUUAACCUACUUGCAAUGGCUUCUCGCUUGUGCGCGACACAAUAGCGGUGAUUUUUUUUCCUUCUCUCCCCCCCUCCCUUUUUGCCAAUCACCUAUUCGCAAAAAGAAAACAACCUCUGCGCCGCAGAUGGUCGAGAUUAUUCGCACAAUCCCGGGCGUACUUUGCCGUUUUCUGCGCGUUAUAUAGAGCGCCUUCACAGGGGAUUUGAAGCCUGACGGGGGCGAAUGAGAGGGUGGGCGGGAGGAUGAAUUGUGUGGAGCGUGCACGGGCUUGUUUUACGGUGCAUACAUUAAUGCCAAUUUGCUUUUGCGCCGCUGCACCAUUAUGAGCGUGUUUCUGCCUUAAUGAGGCGCGGCGCUCGGUGUGCACGGUGCAUUGUUUCAGGUGUGCAGCAGCCGCAGCCCUGCUUCGAUUGUUAUCUGCGACCCCCCCUCCCCUCCACGCACCUCCCUAUCUCUCCCCCUUUUCUCCUCCCUCCUCCACAGAGGCUCGGUGUCUGAUCUGACAGGAGCGUCAUUAGUCGACAUAUGAAGCCUGUGUUGUGUGCGCGUGUGUCGGGCAGGAGGGCUGCGAAAAGGACGAUGAGCGGUGCACUUGGCGCAAAACGAUGCCUGCGUCCAUCACUCAGACACACCGUUCAGACGCGCAUAGACGCACAUUCAAUGCAUGCUUUGCAGAAGAUGCGCUAAAGAAACAUUCUCAUAUAAAAAGGUUGAAAUCGUCUUUUUUUGCGCACACCAAACUGCAGCCAAAAAAACGUCGAUUUUAACCGAUCAAACUGUUGCUGUUUCCUGCUGAAUCUGAGAGUAGGACUCGUGCAGGUGUGCAUCAGAGGAGUCGCUGCUCAUGCAAAGAUGUGACUGGUGUGUUUUCAUGAUGGUUUGGUAGUAAAAUCACAGCCUGCUCUUUGAGGACAGCAGCGUUGUUUGUGCUGUUUUCUUAAGUGGAUAUCGCUUUGUGGAGAAUAAAAGGUGCCAAGAUGAAGGGUGGGUUUACAUGAGAAAACAAGGGCAGCAGCUGAUCUGGCAUGAAGUCCUUUUUUUGCUCUGAUAGUUGACACCGAGUCAGGGUGUACAGGCCUCAAGGGCUUUACACACAGCAUGAUUCAGUGUUUUCCUUAUGUCUGCUUUUGAUUUAAUCAUGAAAAACUGUAAAAAUGAAAGAUUUGUCAUAGAAAACUUUAAUCUUUUCAAAGAUUUUUAAAGAUUGACACAUUUCUGGAGCUUUUCGUUUCACUUUCACAGAAAUAAUCACCUGGACCCUACCUCGCACCCUCUCCAAAAUGACAAUAAAACACAGAGUUUCUCCAAAGCAGGUUCAAAGUCGGCGUGUGACGUCAGGUUCAAUGAAAAGAGCGGGGUGUCCCUCAGCAGUGAUGUUUUCAAAAAAAGACAUUACAUCACUGUCUCCUGAGGCGUGCCGUUACACACGGGCCGCCCAAUGAGAGCCCUCAUUGUGCGUCUUCAAUCUACAGAGCGGGCGAGUGAGUUAAAACACCCCCAGGGAAGUUGAACAAGAGGGCGGCCAUAUUUACACUUAACUCUCCAAGUCCUUACUCAUCGUUCUGAGCGGCGAAAAAGUAGCAGUGCUCCAGGUGUGGUGUUACGCAAUCGAGCCCACCCACACCACGGGACAGAAAUAGACUCGGAUUGGAGGACGGCCUAUUUGUCGGUGUAAUCAUUUGUUUGUGCCUUUGACAUCUGGAAUGUGACCAUCAGCUUAUAGCAUCCGUUAAGAGGCUGAAGAUUUACAGUGGGGGCAAGAAGGCAAGAGCUGUCAUGUUAAGGAGCUUGUGUUGGUGUGUGCCAGCGCUGCCGCCGCCGCUGCCGCUCCUGCGCCACGGCUACACGGUCCUGAUGCUGACAGGAGAUGGAGGGAAGGUUUUAAACGGACAAAAACACAAUUUCAAACUCUAGUUUUGACAAUCAAUCAGAGAAAAAUAAUACUGUCCUCCUGCAAACUUCUGGUAGUUGAAGUAUCCAGAAUCUGAAGCCAAUCUGGAUGUUUUCGGGUCUGCUGUUUCUAAUUUAGGAUCUGAAUGCUAAAAAAUGCUUACAAGUAAAUUGGCCAAAACAGGCAAAAUUGACCAAAUUAAGCAUCGGCAUGUGUUAGAAAUCUUCCUUUUUUUCUUCUUCAGCUGCUAACCAUCUUGAUUAGGACAUAAUUUGAUCACUGUUAUUGAAUCAAGUUUCAGAAAUAAGCGAGGGCACAUAAACACGAGUUAACUCAGAGUUUGCAUUUUUAAUCUCAAAUCGGUCGGCUAAAUUGCUUUUACUUCCUUACAUGUAAUCUCUUUAUCAAAAUAAACACAAUUUACAACAAAAUUCUCAACUUGAAAAUGAUAAAACAUAAAUUCUAGCUACAGGUUUAAUUUUGCUCGAGUUUUUCUCAGGAUUCAGUCUUAAAACAGGAGGCCACGUUUUGGUACAACAUCACCACUGUUCUAAACUUUAUAUUAAGAGCUACAAAAUGAAGUAUAAAGAUGCUCACACAUGUAUGAUUUUGGAUUUCAGGUGCUGCGCUGAUGCUGCAGAGAGCAUGCUGAUUAGCUGUGACUACAUUAGCCGCCGUCAUUAUGCUAAACAGCCUGUGUUCUUGAUUGCACCGCUGUUGUGUCUGUACGCAGCAUCUCGACUGCGAGUAAUUACAAACUGGAAAAUGAACACAGAUCAGAGGCAGGGGUUUUUUAAUCCUGAUGUGGUAUUUGUGAGUAUGGAUUGAUCUUUUUGCGUGAUUGCCGUCCUGUAAUCUCUAAGCUGUAUGUCCGUAGAGUCGAGGUGCUCUGAGCUCAGGAUAAUGAGACAUCAACAAUGCUCUCCGAGGUGCAAUUUCAUCUGAUUUCAUUAGUAUGAGGCUGUUUGAUUAAAGAGAGAAAGCCCCUCCCACGUGAUGGUUUCACUUUACCUGUAAUGUGGAUCUCUAAAGCGGCUCUGAAGGUUUCAAAGUGGCCCUGAGUGAAUUUCCAGUCCCUCUCUCCGUGUCUGUCUGCCCUCCUCUUUGUUGUAAAUGAUUGGCCUGUUCAUACACACCUUCUGUCCCCUGUGUGUGUGUGUGUGUGUGUGUGUGUGUGUGUGUGUGUGUGUGUGUGUGUGUGUGUGUGUGCGCGUCUUACAUAACGCAGCACUGGCUCGCCCGCCUUUGGUAAUAAUGUUCGGAUCAGAACCGUAAGAGAUUACAUCACCGUCUGGAGGGGUGCAGGUUUUGUCGAAUUUUCUGCAUGGAAGGGCAGAGCUCGCUGCGGCGUCUGAAACACAAAGCCGGCGUCUCUCAAUCAGGUCUUUGAGUCUGCGAUGUCUGACCCGAGCCGAGCGGGACAAUGAGGACUUACAAAAUAUGUCAGAUUUAAAAGAGCUCCAGCUGGAAAUCAAGUAAAGGUGCCUAAUGUUUGUGAAACACACUUACUCGCUCUCCUGCCAGGAAUAGCGUGAGACAAUUGGGAGCAGUUGCUAAGCAACCAGUGGCAACUCUAUGAAGUUGCUUCAGCAAAAAGGGAUGAAACAGACUGGAAAUAAACUGGGAAGUGAUGAGUUUUGAAGGCACCAGUUGCUGUUUCUCCUUGUUUCUGGUUUCUGCGCUCAGCUAGCUGCUGCUACCUGAAGCUACAUAUCUAGCUAACAAUCCUCUCCGCUAACUCUUAGCAAGAUAGCACAGAGUAAUGUUUAUAAUUUACAGCUUUUUCAGUCUUUACUAGUAGAUUAGGAGGGUUGUUUAAAGCUCCUAUAAAGAACUUUUAGUUUGUGUUGAUUUUGGCGCCCCCUGUGGACACAUCUCCAGUUGGUGGAGAUCAGAUCUAUUAUUGUGGCUGUUAUGCUGCAUUUGAGUUACCUCUGAAGUCAGAUGUCGGAGCCGAAAGUGACGUCCCAUCCAAGAUACCAGCGUUUCAGUUAACAAGUCGGAAUAAGUUGUUUCAGGCCACCAAUUUUGCUUUCUUUCCGACUUGGUAACUUAAACGUUGGUAACUCAGGUGUAACAUCACACACAGAGCAGUCAGUAUAAAUUUCCGCCUUUUCCAUAACCAAAAACAUCAUAACAGGAGCUUUAAAAUCUGUCUGGAUUGCUCAGUUGACCACUGUAUAUUGAAAGUGUAUGCUUUAAGUGAGCUAGGAUGUCCCAACAUGCAUUGCUGCCACUCUUAAAUCUAACUUCUGGGCAUCCCAACAUUUUUUUGCUUUUUGUCUGCAAGGGAAAGUGACGAAAUAGCACAAAUCAAAUCUCCACAGUGUUGGAUAACAAGGAACAUCUGAGUAGAAAGAAGAUGACAGCAAUUUUAGCCUGGCUCCAAACUUGAAAAGACCCACACCAACAAGUGUAUUAUGGGGGUACAGGAGUCUGUUUUUCCAACCCAGAGCACCAAUCAGUGUAUCUCACAUUAAAAAUAUACAACAUGUCGACGCGUUAGUCCAACUGAGCUCAAACAAGGUUGUAGGCAUGCUCCACAAGGCUUUGACACGGCGGUCAAACGGCGUGAAAAGUUUAAUGCAAACCAAGAAGAGAAAAAUUAAAACUUGACAAGAAGAAUUAAAGCUAAAAAUAAAGACGAAACUAACAUUAUAUGUACGAAUGUUACAGAGUUGUGAAGAAUGAUUGUUUUGGUGUGGGACUACCAAAACAAUCAACGAACUGAAGCUAAAAAAAUAAAGACGAAACUAACAUUACACAUAUGAAAGCUACAGAGUUAUUAAGAUUUUCCUGUUACGCCAUAUGGUGCCAUUCAGUUAGCCUGUUGCUAACUUGUUUGUCGAUUGUUUUGGCAUGGGACUAAAUAGGUCAACUUGGAGACAAGGUGAAAGGGGGCAUAUAAUCACCUAGCAUAGCCAAGGCAGACAUACUUUUGUCAAUAAACAGGUUCUUGAAGACUGGGGAAAGGACCGUAGUCCAGUUAAAUUACCUAAUCAGUCUUUAACUGUAUGAGUAAAUAUACUGAUUAAAGCAGUUUUCUGCGAUAAAGACUGAACAUGGUGCUCCAAGAGGAGAAAAUUAGCCAGGAUGUCUUUCUUCCAGUAAAUGAAGUCUCAUCGUACGUUGAGAAGUCACCAGUCCAGCUGAGCUCAGGUCCAGGUUUUGAAUCCAAAGGCCAAAACCCGUUCUGGAUCUGGACUCCUCUCCUGCUGGUGCUGACAUUUAGUCUGUGUUUCUCAUAAAUAUUGGACACGCUCCUCUAUCCUCGGUCCUGACCUCACCAUAGAUCAAGCACGACUUAUUUUAUGUUCCUCAAAACAUCUCGAUCCUUCACGGAUCAUUGUUGCUGUUGUGAAAGCAUACAGCAAAUAUCAGGAGGUGACCAGAGGUGACUUCUGCCCCUUUUCUUUUGAAUGAACUUGCUGCCUGUCUUCAGCGUUGUUCUGCCUUGUAAUCCACUUUGCAGGGCCAAUGCUAAUGCCACAUAACACAAAUCCUAAGAAGCUUCUUCUCCACACUCCUCAAGCUGAAAACAACUCAUUAUAUUCGGCUAUUGUACGUGUGUAAUGACUUUAAGGCUGAAAAUGUGCAGAAUUAAUCAGUUAGCCCGCACAUGUUUAGCUAAUGUGGCUUAGCUAAUGGCAAAAAUGCGCUACUCUUCAUAUAAGGGUUUGUUUUGUUGAUGGUUUGAGGUAAAAAGGCGACACUCACCAGAGGUAUUUAUGCAGAAAAGGUCUGCUAACUGGAAUAAAUGUUGUUUUCUGCAGCUUAAAGCUCCUGUGUGAGAUUUUUAGAUGGUCAUGGAAGUGAAUGAAAUUAAAAUUGUUGACCCUUUAUGACCCACAAAAGCAAAAGAGACUAUAAAAAAUAAGAUUGAUUGUUUCUAUGGAGAUCUUCAAACACUGGUCAAGACAAAACCAGUCGUAUUUAUACAGAAAAGGUCUGCUAACUAGUAUAAAUGUUAUUUUCUGCAACUUAAAGCUCCUGUGUGAGAUUUUUAGGUGGUCAUGGAAGUGAAUGAAAUUAAAGUUAUUGACCCUUUAUGACCUACAAAAGAGAAAGGGACUAUAAAGGGACUAAAAGUUAAUUGUUUCUAUGGGGAUCUUUUAAGCUUGAAAGGCCUGCCGCAGGGUAGGCGACACACAAAAUAGCUUCUCUUUACAUCUUUUACUGCAAUGAGUGAUUUGUUAAACAAGAUUUUUUAAAUAAACACAAAUCAAAAAUCCACCACAGGAGCUUUAACUUUUUAUUUUGGGGCUUUUUAUAUUUUUAUUAAAAAUUGGAUAGUGGGCAGAGCAGGAAAGUGCAAAUAAAGGGACGGGAAUGAAAGGACAAAGGACCAUAAGGUGGAUUUUAACCUGGCCCACCAUUUUUAAAGACCCUAGCCCUUAAAGACCAAGCCAUAGUGGCGCCCAAUGAGAGGAGCUUUAAGCCUCUAUCUAUCACCAGCAUUGCAACUUCAACUCUACUUCCAUUCGUGAUGAUUAAUAGGGUGUGUCUAGCUACUUUCAUAUUCAAUAAUGCAGUUUUUAUCACAACAAUUAAAUGUCAAAUAGCCGACAACUAGCCGUCGAGUUCAGCAGGUAAGGUGACAUCAAUGUCAGCAAAGCAGCUUCCUGCACCAUAAAAACACACGGUGGCUAAUGAUCAUUCAGGCGUGACUUUUCAGUUUUGGAAAUACCAGUAUUGAUUUUUUCCUCCUCAGGGAAAAACGUCUAUGCGCAGGAAGGUAAACUUAGUCCACUGCCAAGACAAGUAAUACCAUCGUUGACCCAGGAGCGGCUCACAUUAGCUUGGCAGACCAAGAAGAAGCCAAUCCAAUCAGACUGUUAAAGUGUGAUUUUCAAUCACAGCCAGAUCUGUAAUCUGUGAGCCAGGAAGGACUCAACUAAAGCGACAGAAAGAGAGGCGUGUUGAUGGAAGCAUGCUUUACCUACUGAGUUCUACUGACAUGAACACAGACCAAACCGGACCAUGUUGGCAGCCGACUAUAACAUUUUCAAAAUUGUAUAAGCUGGUAUUGUGCUACUGCUCUCCUUUCACACACACCCACACACACUCCAAAAUGUGUAGACCUACUGCACGCGUCUCCUACUUGACUUUGUAACACAUAACCACUUCUCUCUGGAGCUGCAUCUCGCCACUUUUACGUCUUUAUGACCAUAGAAAAAAAAAAAAGACGCCCACACACCGGAUUGACACCCUAGUGAAAAGGAUUUCUCAAGUGCAGGUACCGUGUUUUAGAAAAUCUUUACAGCACUGCAACUGUAGCCAAGACUUUAAAAUGUAAGAAUUUUUUAUCACAAAGUUGUAAAGGACUGAGGGGAGUUUUUAAGUUCCUUAAAAAGCAGAAACAUCAGAGGGAAGAAAAUCAGAAGUUGGGCAGGGUUGGAUGUCAACUCUGGGUCACUUUUAAUGGAUUUUGUCGCUCUUUUAGUUCGAGAUUGUAUGGAAAGAGUCUGAAUCAUCACUACAGAAGUCCUGUUUCUUGGUUUAUUAGCUGAAAAACUGAUUAUUCUAAAAUUUGUGUUGCGCUUACGAAUCCGCCCCUUCAGAUCAAAGAUUUUUGGCAAUUUUGUCGCACAUCAGCUAUAAGUAAGUCCCUUUUUGUUUCCCUGCUUUGAAGUCCUCUUCUUUUUGUCUCGUCCUGAGUCCCUGCUUAUCUCUAUUUCACACGGACACGCACACACGUACGCUCACGCACACGCCCGUCCCCUUAUCCUCCACUCGCCCUGGAGGUGUGUGAGGUUGUGGGAGCAUGUGAAAGCCGUCACACAGGGAGAGGCUCAUGUGUUCCUCAUUUGAAGCCAUUUGCCCAAAGCAUGCUGUCAGCCUCCAUCUGGAUAUAUGUGUGUGUGAGUGUGUGAGUGUGUGUUAGGGUCGCUGUGUGCGCGCUUGUAUUUGUUUACGUGUCAAUGACCAGGAGUGGUUGAGGGGAAUGUCUGUAUCAGUGCUUUUUGUUGCACCGUAGGAGAAGCUCUAUUUCUGCACACGUGUGGGUGAGACGGUGUGGUUUUCUCUUGUUGCUAUUCGGCCUUUCACAGCGGUCAGGUUUAUGUUUAAAUGAGCUUACUCGGCUUUCAUGUUCACAAAGACGGCAACAUUUAGCAUGAAUGGGUCAAUUUUACUGUUUUUACUGGUUGAGGAAAAUCCGUUUCAAAUUGCAGAUUUAUUUCUGAACCAAAACGGGAACUGCAGACGUUGAAUUUACUGAAUACAGAGGAAAGUAACUUAUGUUCUAGAGCUUGACUGAUAUCAGCUUUCAAGGCCGAUAUUGAUACCAGUUCUUACACCGAUACUCGAAACCAAUACGAAACAAUUCUUAUACCUAUACUGAUAUUGAUACUAAUAUUCUGGUUGCCAUACCAAUACUGAUACCGAUACCGGUACUGAUAGAGAUACUGACGGCUCUACUGAUACUGAUACCGAUUAUUAGAAGGUAUUUAAAUAACUGAUAUUUGGAACCAAUAUGCAUUUGUGGACAAAACUAACAAACUUUAUGUCAAAAUUUGGAAAAUUCUGAGUUAAACUCAGAUAAAAACUUAAGUACAGUAAUGGUGCGUUCAAGUUACCUCGGAAGUCCGAAGUCCGAGCUGAAAAUGACGUCACACCCGAGUUACCAGCGUUUCAGUUAUCAAUUCAGAAAAAAAGCAAAAUCAGAGACGGAAACAAGAUGGUUACAUCUAUGAAAGUUAUUUCGCUUGCCUUGUCCUUGCUUAUAUUUGGACAAGGCAAGCGCUAAAAUAACUUUCGUAGAUGUAACCAUCUCGUUUCCGCACCUGAGUUACCAGCAUAAGUCGGAAGAAGGCAAAAUCAGAGGCGGAAACAAGAUGGCUACAUCCACGAAGGUUAUUUUAGCGCUUGCCUUGUCCUUGCUUAUAAUUCAACAAGGCAAGUGCUAAAAUAACUUUCGUAGAUGUAGCCAUCUUGUUUCCGCCUCCGAUAUUGCUUUCUUCCGACUCACGCUAGUAACUUGGGUGUGACAUCAUUCCCAGCUCAGACUUCUGACUUUCAAGGUAAUUGAACACUGUAUAAGUUACAGUCAUUUGAUGUUCAGCCAAUCAGAUAUUUGUGUGGGCGGGACUUCAAGUGUGUGAAAACAGAGCUAGAGGAAGUGGCAGUGGUGGCAAGGUAGCACACUUUAAAAUGAUUGAAUUUUAUUGGCAAUUAGUGAAACAAAACACUGAUACAGAUAAUCGUCAGAUUGCCAAAUACUGGCCAUGAAAAUCAGCAAAAGCCAAAAAUCAUUUAAACAGAACUCAGAUCCUUUUGUGCAACUAUGCAGGGGUGUGUCCAGACUCUUUUAACAGGGUUCCCCAAUCGGAGCAGGGGUGUCCAAGGUUUCUGUGCACACACAGAUUAUUCAUAAUUAUCCUCUUAAUCUUUACUUUCUAUUUCAACAACCAUCAGAUACUUUAAACACAAUGAUAUAUUUCAGAUCUAGUAAUAAGGCGAGCUCAGAUGAUCAUUUAUACUGUUAUCACAAUCGGAAAUCAGCAUUGUUAUGGUCUGUGAAUGAUUGAUAGUGUUUUUUAUGGAUUGAAUAUCAAAUAUGACUUUUUUUUCCUGCCCAAAUCCACAAAAUUAGUGAUGUAAACGCGCCCCCUCUGACAACACAUCUAUGUUUGAACCCCAGUCUGCAGUGAGUAUAUGAAUAGCAGCAAGUGGCAGGUUGGCGCAGCAUGCCUUGUUCCUGAGUGAUGCCAACCUCCUCUGGCCUCCCUCCAUCGCCCACUGAUGCCCAAUCUGCUCCUCUCAUCUAUAGCCCAUAAAGAGCCUGAUGCCGAUUAGCACUCGUCAUCGUUAGCCGGGGCUGACAUUGAUAAAUGACUCGGCCUGUAUCAUGUGUGGGUCAUUCUGUUUAUCAGCUGCAGGCGGCGCUGCGCUUAUGAUCCUAUACAUUCAGCACAAUUUAAAUAUGUCUGUUUUUGUGGAAUAUUUUUGCUAUGCAUCAUUUAAAACUUGCAUUUGUAUGUCUUUUUAACUCGUCAAAAUAUUUAUUGGACGCUCUGUAUGAAAGUCUGUCCGCGCUCAUACAAAGUGCAUCUGUACUACAGUAAAUAAGAGACUCUGCAGUUACUCAUAUUGCAAGUACAUGCUCAGUUAAGCUCCUGUUCCAGCCAAGCAAACACACACUCACUCUCACAACGUUCAUCGAGCCCCCUGGGGCUGAAGGAAAGUGAAUCUCCAUAAUCACAUGGAGGGAAGGAGGGAUGAGAGGAGGCAAAGAGGCCAGGGGAGGGCCACCGACUUCUUUGACAUCUCAGGAAAAGUGACGUUAGCCAAGUUGGUUGCGUAACCGCUGAGCCAUUUAGUUAGAUGGCACGGCACUUCUGGCCAGAAGGGCCAUUUUAUAUUUUGGUGGAGCAAAACUCAGACUAAUGACUUUCACUUCGCUCCGCCGAGCCAGCAGACGGCAACUCAGGACAGGUGACGCUGCCUCUGACAAGGCGAAGAGGGAUCUGUUUAGAGAGUUUCCACAGCAAGUAGGCGGUCUGUGGAGCACUCGCGACAAUCCGGCGCAUUUAAAUCAACAUUUUUAUUAUUCUGUUGUUUAUUGUGCUCGCUUUAAGGACACAAAUGCCUUCUGCUCGAAUCAUAUGAGCUAGAAAUAUCCUUUAUAAGGACAAAAACAAACAAAUUAAACAGUUCUUAUCAUGAUCCAUUAGCAGACGAGUCAAAGUUAGUACACUGACUCAGGAUGGUCCUGAAUCACAAAACCCUGACCUCACAGAACUUGAAACAUUAGCCAAAAAAGUCACAGUGUUUUGUUAGCUUAAAAUAUGUCAAACAUAUUUGCAUAUUUGCAAAGUUAUCAAAACUCAAAUUUGCUUAAUUCACUGUAUCUUUAUUUUGCUAACAUUAGCCACCACAUCUUAAGUUUGCUAACAUUAGCCACCACAUCUUAAGUUUGCUAACAUUAGCCACCACAUCUUAAGUUUGCUAAUAUUAGCCGCCACAUUAUGGUGUUGCUGACAUUAGCCACCACAUCUUUAGUUUGCUCACGUUAGCCACCACAUCUUUAGUUUGCUCACAUUAGCCACCACAUUUUAAGUGCGCUAAUAUUAGCCAUCCCAUCUUUAGUUUGCUAACAUUAGCCAUCCCAUCUUUAGUUUGCUAACAUUAGCCACCACAUCUUUAGUUUGCUAACAUUAGCCACCACAUCUUAAGUGCGCUAACAUUAGCCAUCUCAUUUUAAGUUUGCUAACAUUAGCCACCACAGCUUAAGUGUGCUAACAUUAGCCAUCACAUCUUAAGUGCGCUAACAUAAGCCAUCUCAUCUUUAGUUUGCUAACAUUAGCCACCACACCUUUAGUUUGCUAACAUUAGCCACAUCUUCAAUUUGAAAAGAUUAGCCAACAUAUCUUUAAUUUGCCAACAUUUGCCUUACAUAUUUUGCCAAGUUUGCCAACAUUAACCACCAAAUCUCAAGUUUUAAAAAAUUUGCCUUAACACCUUCAAUUUUGCACCGACACCUAAAGCUUGCUAACUUUAGCCACCAUAUUCUUUUUACAUGAACCCACAUACCUCAAAUUUGCAUACAUAACAAACCAUAUCACAUAAUUCACCAACAUUUAUCAGGUUUUUUAAAAUUCAGAACCAUACAAAACUAGGUUAACUUAAAUAAGCUGCUACCUCUCAGGUUUUUCAACAUUUAUAACCAUAAUUUGCUGAUGUCUAUGACGAAUAGUCUUCUAUUUAAAGUCUGCAAUUAUGAGCUACCAUUAACAUAGAGUAGCAAAAAACCUCCAAGUUUCAGGUUUUGAUUCAGUAUACAAAAACCUAAAAAAAGUGCUGCAUUUUUAGUAUUUUUGAUCAUGUUAGCACCCAUAUUUACAACCACCCACAGACUAUUUUUCCUGCCCUGGUGGUCUUUGUGAGUAGGAAUGUUAAAUACUUGGUUAUGUUUAUCUUGCAGCUGACGUUCCUACGGUGCUAAGCUCUUUAAACUAAUUAUCCUGGUUUCUCCCAUAACUACUGGCUUGUUAAUUUAGUUUGGCGUGCACUGUUUGGAAGCGUUUGAGCUAAACAUGGUGGGUCACAUGCAAACAAGCUGAUCCUAAUUUCCCGCAGAUGAACAGUUUGUGUAUUUCUCUACAUCUGUGAGCCUCUACCAUCAUGUGUGCCCCAUCUGUGUUGCUGCAUGUUUUUUUCUUUUUUUGUGCAUUCAUCAUGGGUGAGUGUGUUUUGGUAUGUGUCUUGGGAGUUGAGUCCCUCACCCAGCUGUCAGAGUUUAGCCCAGAUUGGCCCCAGAAAGAGAGAGAUGGAGGGGGGGAAAAGCAUCCAGCAGAUCAGCGGGAUGAAAGUAUUGAUCACGUAGUAGCGGGCCAGAACAGGAUUUGAGAGUACUACAGUCUAUCAUGCUCAAUUACGCCUGGCCAGAUGCUGACCUUGUGGCUUUCAUAAUGCUGAAAAAGCAGCCAAGGUUUUCUUUCAAACUAAAGAUUAGGGUCAGCUAUGUACAGUGGGGGGAAAAAGGAAAACAGGUUUAUGGUGGGAACUUGUGGCGGCGGCUAACGUCAUCCUCUUACCUGGCUCAGAGCAUAUUACAUCCUUUUGAUCAACGCCACAAACAAGCCGAUUACUGACAACAUUAAGAUAAGAUAAGCAUGUGUGUGGAGAUGAGGGGAGACGUAUUAAAGGGAUUUUUGUCAAAACAGGAAAUGAAAUGAAAGCAUAUCAACAUCUAUCCUGCUGUCUUUAGAGGGGAAAUUCCAGUUUAUAAGAGCAAAAGUCUUUUUAUUCAUUUGUUUUUGUACUUAAAUCAUCACUGAGACAACUUUAACUACUUAAAAACUCUUCACAAAGGACAGGGGAAAGGAUUUUAAAAGCCUUUUUAGAAUACGAGGGUGGUAAAUUCGAUUUUAAUUUAAAUAGCUUGGAAACAAACUUAAAAUUAGACAGUUUACUGAUCGUUUUAAGACUUUUUUGUGCUGGCUCUACAUACAUACGGUUCAUACAUAGGUCACAAUACAAAAGUGGUGAUACAUAAUUGAGGAGAGAAAAGGUGUGAUUCCUAAAGUGGUGUUAUAUUAGAUCCAAGGAUACAUUAGCGGUGACGGAUGAUACUGUAUGUGAGGGGGAAUUCUUGAGCGGUGAGACGUGUGACGAUUCGUGAAAGCAGGGGGUUUAAAAGUAGCAGUACGAACAUGGAGGUUGGUAGUUGGCAACAGUAACAGGACCUUGAAAAAUCGACCCCAGAAAGUGUUUCAUGAAAGUGACUUUGCUCAAGUAAUGAUAUUAGAGUGGCGAUACAAAGGUGAGGGCUCAGGUAUCAGCAGGCGGGAAUGUAAAAAUAUCCAGGCUAAAAAGAUUUAAUGUUGCGUUCCAGUUACCUUGGAAGUCGGUUGUCGGAGCUCGGAAUGACGUUACACCGGAGUUGACGGCAUUCCAGUUAACAAGUUGGAAAACCAAAAUGGAAUCCUACAGUUAGCUGUUGUUGGCCGUUGUCAGCUGUUGCUAGUUGUUAUUAGCUAUACCAGUUGUAAACGACGCACAACACACUAUUUAGCUUUUAUAAACACCAAAGCACCGUGUUCACAGUUAGACGUUGGGCAGUAAAACAUAUACCACUUAUUAAAUUUCACAAAAACAAAACAGAAGUACUAAUAAAUAAAACAUGACGAGAGCUUUCGUUGUUACUCUUUACUGUUGAUGCACUGUACUGCCAUCUUUGAUUAUGAUGUUGUCGUCAAGCCGGGGAUGGCCCAACUUGACGACAUCUGACUUCAGGGGGUGUUCCAGAUGAAAUUCCAACUUCCUGGUACAAGUGGAACGCAGCAGUAGACCCAACUGGACUAGCAAUAGACCCGACUUAAGGGGGUGUUCCAGAUGAAUUUCCGACUUAGAGCUCAGAAAUUUCGACUUCCGGGUACAACUGGAACGCAGCAUUAGACCUUGUGGUUUUUUUAUGUAAAUACACAGAUUUCUGGCUGGUUUGGCCAAAAAUGCACUAGUGAUAUGAAUGGAGUCAUGUAGGUAAGGCUGUUCAAGCUACUCUAGUGAUGUUGCUUUGAAUGUGCAUCCCUUGAGGUCGCGGGAGAAUUUAAGACACCCGCUUUAACUUUAAACAUUUUCUAUUUAACACCUCUGAGGCAAACUCCUCGAAUUUCCACACUGAAAUAAUCACAUUUAACGACGUCUCUAAUGAAAGAAAACGAGAAAAGCAGUAAAAAAAAAAAAGGAGUUACUCCUCAGGAAACACGGCUUUGUUCUCCACUUCAUGACAGUGCGGUUUUGAUCUUCUCAUUAAAGCACGGAGCAGCAUUUUAUCCUGCAACUCAAGUGGAAAGACGGAAAUCUCCCAAGCUGAAGUCACGAGGUUACGAGUGUUUGUGUGUGUGUGUGUGUGUGUGUGUGUGUGGUUGUGUGUGUUUGUUGUUGUGGCUCUUGAAAUCUGCCGUCAAACAGAUGUGGCUUCGUUUACAUCUCCCAGCUCUCUCCGCCUCCUUUUUUUUUCCCUCUCCCUUUACAUUCCCACAUCCUCACGUUUCUUUUCUCUCUCAGGUUCUGCUCGACUCUUGUGGGGGAUCUACCCAUAAUGCACUGUGAGGGAAACUGCCCCAUAAUGAAUACAGCACUUCUAAAUUGGUAUACAGCCGCAGGCAGAGACCAGACCGGCCGCUGAAAUAUUCACAAAGCUUUAUUAAGGCUGUUAUUCCUGGCAGAUGCACUCUUGGUAGAAGAGUGCAUCCUCUGGUUUAUACUGACGAUAAACUAGAAGAUAUUUUCUCCCUCUUUUUUUAUAGUCUUACUGAUUUAGGCUUUACAGACGCAGCAGUGAAGAAAACAGAAAUUUCAGUGGAAAAAUCUUCAAAAAAAAAUAUCAGAAACAGCAGAAACAAAAACGGCGCUGCUCUUUUUCUCUUACAUGUCAAAUUCAUCAUAUUUCCAGGGCAUAUUUAAGGAAGUAGGUCAAACACAUAAAGUGAAGCGUUACUUCACACCUCCUCCCUCCUUGUUUUAUGUCCUCACUUCCUCUCUCUCUCUCUCUCUACCUUCGCCUCUUUGCGAUAUCGGGUUCGAAUCGCAGACACUUUUCGCCGUUUAGCGCCGAUCCUCAGGUUUACUUUGAGGUUACAUCACUCUCCAUCAGGGUACUUAUGUGUGUGUGUUUGUGCGAAGGACUACCGCUGAACUGGGUCGUGGGUAACACGUUGCUAUGGCAACUGCUGUUCGCCGGCCCUGGGGCGAAGCGCUGCUUUUUUCACUUACACUUUCUCUAUCUAUUCUUUCUUCUUCUUCUUUUUCCUCCUCCCUUCGUUUUUCCUCAAUCUCUCUCUCUCGCCCUUUUUCCCCCAGUCACCUCUCUCUCUCUCGCUCGUGCCACCCUUUCCUCGGCGUCUGAAACUCCCUCUCUCAUCGCUCCCUCUUUGUCUUUGCGGCGAAAGCACAAAAAGAGCAGGCCUCUAUUAUCUCUUCUUUACACUUGACUGUCACCCUCAGCCCACAAAUUGAAAUCCUAAUUUGAGCAGUGGGACGUUUUCGACUUGUUGGAAGCACUUUUGGAAGACGUAAAAGCUCCACCAGCGGGGGGAUUUAAUCCUAAUUGCAGCUCUUGUCUGUCAAAUUAUUUCCCUUUCUGUCACUUGAGGAAAUUAGCAGAAAUUCACGACUUCUUUUUGUGCUUUUCUUAUUGGCCGGCCAAGCUCGAGCACCUCCCCAGACGGCUUCUAAAACACUCCCACAACCUGAUGCAUCGUCUUCGCUCUGAGGUUGUUGAGGUGAUGUAUGAUACAGCGCCGUAACGGGAUCGCAACAUAUUGUCUAAGCGAUUAACUCCAGCUGGCUCACUGUAAGCACGGCGUGGGCAUGUGGUUGUAUUUUAGAGAGCGAGCGGCGAAGACGAAGAGACAAGAGGUGGCGGGAUGCAGCGAGGUAUAAAACGAGAGCGACCAGCCUUGGCCCUGACUGUGUCACCUAAAUUCUACUCUAAUGAAUAGACCAUUGAUUUCCAUUAGAGCCGGCUGGAGCUGGCCACUCCGGCCUGUCUGUUUCCCAUUAGCGGGCUUUAAAACUGAAGCUGACAAACAGUCGUAACCUCAGGCGGACCAGAUAAUGGGCCCCGUUUCAGCGUUUAAAGGCAGACCUGUGAGCUCAUCCGUGAAGCUGGGAAAAGCAGAGUUAACAGCAGAGUUAUUUCAAACCUAUUCACUCUUGGGUUUAUCGGAAAUUUGAAGUCUUUCUUGGGAAAAAUGAGUUGCACCCGGCUGCUUUUAUCACCUUAAGAAGAGUUCACGACUUUGGCGAUAACACUCAAUUUUAAAAGCAGGAUUAUCACGUCGCUCAGCGGGUUUAAUUCUCUUCUUUAAAUGGGGAGAAACAGGUGGACCGUCAGACUGAAUCACCUGUUUAGAUUGACCUUUCACAGCAGAUGGAGUGUCAGUGCAGCGCAGCUUUUAAACAGCCUCCCCCGGUCGUCAUUGUAUCGACCACUGAGUCCAUUGCGAACCCGGCUCCCUGGAGGCCUGGCCUGUUUCUCAGCUCAGGAUUUUAGAGCCAUCCAGCCUUAUCAGCUGCACCUCUCCAUCAGCCCCGCUUCCUUCAUUAACAUUAAUAGGAUUUGGAUCUAUUAUGCAACGAGCCUCCGCGCGGUUACGCAAUGCUGAGUCUUCAGCGGCAGCAGCACACUUCGGAGUUGCAUCUUAGAUUAAUAGUUUGGGGUUUUUUAUUCGCUCUGACACGAAGGGGAGAGGUUUUCAGUGUGUUCACACAUGACCCCACGCUCAGGUCGGGAAACGGCCUCAGAAAAGUGGGCCAAUGCAAAAGACAACACAGCAGAAGGCGAGAGAUAGGCGACAUGAUGAGCUGAUUCAGAGUUAGACGAGUUACAACUGUAAUUUGGUUUAACACAAAUAAAAAUAUCUGUCGGCUCGGUCUUCACAUAAAAAUUGAGACUUUUAGUAAGUGUUGUGGGAGAAAACUCCAAAAAUUUAAGUCAUGUGUUGAAAUAUUUUGCAUCUUUAUAGCUUGUUCUCUUUGUUGUAUGAAAUGGUGCACAACUUUCCAACACAUCGCUCAAUAAAACCGCCCAGAAAAGUUAUUUUAAAGCUCCUGUGUAGAGAUUUUUCACUGGCUAUGAAAUACUUUAAAAUUAAUACUUGCUGCCCCUUAUGAUCAAAAAAGCAAAAUAAAUCAUUUCUGUACAGUUUCUAUCAAAUUUUUUUAACCACUGACAGGGGGUAGGUGUCAGAAACGGCUUUUGUUUACCUUAUGCUGCAAAACGACUCAAAGAGAGUGAUAUACUUGACUUUUUGAAGAAAGCGAGAUAAACUUUUGAUGGCAAGAGAAACAAAUUUAAAAUCCAAAGGCAAGAUCAGCCUGUUUAGUCCACAGUGGGGCGCCAAACCUCUUCACAGGAGCUUUAACUCGUGACAAAAAACAGCGAUGCUAGCAAGUCAAGACUGUGAGUGGAGUGAGGCUGUGCUUAGACAACUGUCCUCUAAACCUAAAGGUCCUUACAUACCGGGAAUGACACAAAUAUACGAUGCGAAAUUACGAAAUAUUCUCAGGCGAAUUUUGACGCACCUGACUAUACACAUCUAGCGCGAUGCUAUUUUGCGACUUUCCGGGGGGAAAAAAGAUGCGUCCCGGGUUACUGAAACUUUAGAAAAUUCGACCGUGAUACGAAAAAUAAAUGCCGCAAUAUCGCAGGACGGGAAAACGUCAUUGAUAUGAACGCUUGUAUUGACAGGAUACAGAUUCGAAAAAAAAUAUUGAUGUCCGAAAUAAUCGCACGAAAAAACGGUCCCGGUGUGUAAGGACCUUAAUGCUAAAACAGGCGUGCUAACAUGCUAAAUUUGUUCAAAUAAUAUCAUUAAUAAUGUCGCCUUCAUGCUAGCUAUUGUCAAAAUAUACAAACCUUAUAAACAUUAACUACUAAUGGCCAUAAGUUAUCAUAUAACAGGAAAAUUCUAUAUAUCAUUAAAAUAUUAUAUUAUAUUAUAUAAGAAUAAAAAAAUCAUUUAAAAAAAACCUAUAACUCUACAAUAUCCUGACAACUUAAAGCUCCUGUGAGGAACUCUGUUGAUUUUGGCGCCCCCCUGUGGACAAAGCAGUAUUUGCUUUGACGUGUGCAUGUUUAAUUAGUAUAUUGAUGCAAAUUAAAUCAAUUAAAUUUUUUUUAAAAGUCAAAGAAUCAAGCAGAAGAGCAGUGAUUCACCUGGUCUCACACCUACCCCCCACCAGUGGAUUCAGAUUUUAAAAAUAAAGCGUGUAACAUGAAUUACUUUUCUUGUGACACUCUUGUUUGCUUUUGUAAGGUUUUUUAAAGACACUAAUAUUAGUUUUAGCUUCCUUCAUGACUAGUUGAAAACUUCUCACAGGAGCUUUAAUAUUACAUAUUUGUGAUAACCUAAUCAUGAAUAAUUAGGAGUUUCUAUCUUGGAUCAAUGUGGCGAAUGAGUAUACUGAUCAUUGUUAACCACAUAAUGAGGCUUCAAUCAGUAAACUCUCAAACUAAUCAAUAAAAAUGUCAAUAAACUCGUAACUCUGCUGCAAAAAUGUGGAAAUACGGAAGCAGAAGUGAAGGUUUGACACAUGUAACGCAGUCAUGUAGACAAGGCUUUACAAACAGGACCGUGUCGAUUCAACAAACUUCUGAACAUGAAAUAGUGAUGCUCCCCGGCUGCCAAUUGGAGCGGGUUGUCAUGGAAACAGCAAAGUGGCACACAGAAGACGGUUCAGUUUUCCUUUUAUUUCGGAGUUACUUCCUGCUUUUGCUGGAGGAGCUAUUUUUAACGGGUUGUUAUAUAAGAUGCGACUCUUGUGCUCGAUACAAUGCGUUAUUUUCCCUCCUUUCUAUUCCUCUUUGUACUUUUGACUCUGAUGGGAGCAGAAACGCCGUGCUGUCCUGUGUAGCUCACGCUUCUGGAAACAAAUUUACUGAUUUAGGAUGAUUUGGGAACAUUAAUUUAGCAAAUUUAAAAUAAAAAAUAUUAAAAUCUGUGCAGGUCAGCUCAGGCAUGACAUUUCUGAGUCUCCUAGCAGUCCUUUAAAGCUACGACUCCAAACAAGCGCUUCCUAAAUGUCACUGUGCAUGCCCUAGAAAAGAAACCUGCAUUAUGUCAUGAGUUAUUUAUACAAUUCAGCCUUAAAAAAGAAGCCUGAGAUGUUUCUCUUAAUACAAAAGGGAGACGGAGCAGGAUGCGAGCGUGUAGCGCAGCUUAACAUGUAAUAUUCAACACUCCCAGCUGAGCUCAAAGUGAACACUAACACUAACUGUGAGAGAUGCUCUGAUCAGCCGCCCGACAUGCCUGACAGGGAGGAGUGCAGCCCUCGCUCUUGUAGACUCAGGGAGACAAGCAUGACGCUCAGCAGUAAGCAGUAAGAUCAUCAUCAUCAGCAGCAGAAGCAGCAGCAGUAGCGGCGGUGGACUCAAGGACGCCCAGUCUUGCAGCGAGUGUCGUCACCAAAGCUGAUCUGGAUGCUUUGUGUGCUAACAUGUUGCAGCGGUUUGCUCCGCUCAGUCCGGCUCACUUUGGCACAUUUUGUUUUACAGAUUUGACCUGGAUAAUUCGUACUUAGAUUUAAGACUCGCCAUCUGCACACAGCUGCAUGUUUUGUUCUACGUUUAUUAACCCGCGUUCUUUCCCCUCCCCCUGCAGGAUGCUUCGAGUGUUGCAUCAAAUGUCUGGGCGGGGUUCCCUACGCCUCCCUGGUGGCCACCAUCCUCUGCUUCUCGGGCGUGGCUCUGUUCUGCGGCUGCGGCCACGUGGCGCUGACCGGCACUCUGACCAUGCUGGAGAACCACUUCUCCCGGACCCCCUCGGACCACGCCACCCUCGCCAUGGUGUAAGUCCUAAAAUUCAGAUUUUCAGAUUUUUAGAUAUCGACUAAUACUGUUUGUGUCCUGAUCAUAGUCUAACCGAUGAAUUAUUGUGUGUCCAGGAUCCAGAUCUUUCAGUACAUCAUCUACGGCAUCGCCUCCUUCUUCUUCGUCUACGCCAUCAUCCUGCUCGCUGAGGGCUUCUACACCACCAGCGCCAUCAAGAAGGAGCUGCAGAGCGACUUCAAGACCACCGUUUGCGGACGCUGCAUCACCGCCUUCGUACGUCGACUCACUCAAACUCAAACUCCAUCAAACCAUCACACCCACUGAAACGAAAUCGCCCGCAUGAGAUUUAAAAACUUUGACGAGCUUUUCUGUGUUUACAAAGCGAGGACGGAGGUCAUCUUUGAAGCGCUGGAGCGGCGCAAUCUCACACCUCCACUCUCCGAUCACACAGAACAGAGAUAGAUAGAAGCACUUGUGCACACACGCACCGAACACACAAACACACCCACUCGGGGCCUUGAGGGCAACUCUGGCACAGUUUGUCCUCUCUAACCUGAUUACACUAAUUGCUGCAGAUGUCCGGUAACAUUAACUCACGCUCAUCGUUUCUUUGCAUGUCGGUGGGUAAAGGUCCUAACAGAAUAUCAUUAACCUAUUUUUAAAUAUAUCUUUCCCAUCUCUGCUCUGCUUACCUUAGUUCAUGUUCCUGACCUACAUCCUCUUCCUGGCCUUCCUCGCCAUCUUCGGCUUCACGGCGAUACCGGUUUUCCUCUUCUUCAACGUGUGGAAUACCUGCGCCGCCAUGAAGUCUCCCAACAUCACCUCGCCCGACUCCAUCUGUGUGGACGUAAGGCAGUACGGUAAGUCGAGGGAACUACGACGCUGCUCGAAAACAUUUUGAGGAAAAGAAGAUUAACAAGUCGGAGCCGUCAUAAGACUGUUUUUGAAAAUCACCCGUUAAAAAAGAGAAACCUGUUGCGUGUCCCUGAGGUGUUUCUCCUGCAGCUGAAGUUAAAAGGAUCAGACUGUGAAGUGAGUUACACGUCCUCAAAGUUAAAAACGAACUUCCUCUGAUCAAGGCAAAGUGAGCUCAGACACGCCGGCUAGUGAAGCGCUUUAAACUCCGCUCAUAAAAGAGCGUCUCGGUGAUUUUCUCGCUGUUUUGACACUCUGUGAGGGAUUUACCUGCGAAGUCAACAUCUUAAAAAAACGAAUCUUUCACAACCAGUGGCCACAGUUCUCUUAAGUUUGCUGUCAUUAACACGAUAAACUUCUGCCUACAUCUCUUUUAUAAGAUCCUUCUUAAACUCACCACCAUGAACACAAUUACUGAUGUGUCGUUAGUGAACGAUUCGUUCAAAAGAACCAAAUCUUUUAAGUGAAUGUAAUGAACCUGCAAGGAUGCCUAGCCCAGACUCACACUUGAAAGAAUGGAAGGUCCACACAAAUGGUCAGUUUGACAAACUUUACUGAUUGCAAAUCUGGGUUACAGCUUCAUCAUGCCACAAGUGUAACAAAGAUUGGGCUGAGACUGUUCAGGUAUAUAUAGCUGUCCACAUAUCCAAGCAUUCUGCUGGCAUUUAGUUGACCCUAAGAGGAGUCCAUGUAGUGUUAGAACAAAGGACAACAUAUUUUAAGGAGCCUUAGGUGAACAUAUGGAGAGCCCAUAUAGGGGAAUACCAUAGCAUAACAAAUUUUGGGAACCUAAGUGAUGUCAAAAAUGUGUACAAGGGUUUUUUAUGAGAAUGGUUGUCAGAGGCCCCUGGCUCCAACAAUCUAACACCAACGCACCCCUUGUAUUUGAGUUGCAUGGCUCCGCCACCCUAAAGGCUGAUGGGAUUGGCUAAAGAAAAUUCUCCUAUCAGAACCGAAUCACUUCCUCGAGUGAUUCGUUCGUUUCUCACUUCAGUUGAGCUGAAGUGAGCGAUAGCACUGCCAGGCGAGCAGCCGGCAAACGAGGGACCGCAUGCACCCACGCCUGAAUCACUUUGUGAACGAAUCACGCAUUGAACUACACUCUCUGGAAUCAUUUUCCUCAGACAAAACUACCUUUUUUUUCACUGCUAAAUUGCCACCACAACAACUUACAUACAAUAGGACACAGCAUGUAACAAGUCGUGCAUUAAACCUGCAGCAUCCUGUCAUUGCAGCGGUUUGCGAGGGAACGGUUCACGUUCAGUGUGAAUUCUUCUAAACAUUCAGUGAACGAAUCACUCAAUGGUAAAUAGCAUACCAUAGGACAGUACACUUAAAACAUCAUGACUUAUAAACAAGUUCAUUUUUACAAACCUGUUUUUCAAGGCAACACAGUUAAACACUCUCGUCUCCCAGAAGCUAUGAUCUGAAUCCUGAACCGUUCAUCUGUGUAUCAGUUCAGGAGGUCGGAGUCGCAGGCUCCUCCCGCUGAAUGAUUCGGUGAUUUGAUGAACGAAUCUUUUAAACAAAUCAUUUUAGUGAACUGAUUCUAAUGAUACAGUACAUCUAAAAGAACCGCCGUGCCCAUCACUAAACACAAUCUUUAUACGAUUGUUCGAGCUCUGAUUUGCUUUAAAUAUCAGCUCCAAUAUGAAGAGGUCAAACAUACACAUUUAGAUUACCAGGAUCCUGAUUGGAUCUUUAUGAAAAUCCACCUUCCUGCGGCCGUACAGUGCAGUAACCCUCUCCUGUGAUUGCAUAUCUGGUUAUCUGUUUGAUGGCCCUAAUGUACAGUAUGUGACCCACAUUUGAAGGACAGCUGGCCCGCUCACAAAGCAGGAUGAGGAUCACAUAUGCUUCAUUGGCAGUCAUACUGUACUACACUGUAUGAAAUAUUAACCCCAAUUACUGGCAGUCAUCAAAUUAUUAUCAGCAGAUCAGGAUUUAGAGUGGAGGGGAGAGGUUUUUCUAACUUUAUCGUGUUUUCUUUAUUCAUAAAGGAAGUCCGUGCGAUCCAGUUUUUCCAAAUCUUUUCAAGUAAAGGUUUAAAAUCCAAAUAAUGACCCAUAUUUUUCCUGUAGGAGGGGCUCAGAGGCCCACACAGCCGCAGCCCGGUUUCCUUUAAUCUUUAUCCGAGCCUAAUUCAUAAUGCCUUCAAUCACACAGUCUCGGGGGAGGAAAAAGCUUCUUGUCUCCGACGAGGAAGCGGCAGCCCUCUGAUGUUUCAUCUCUCUGAUCCUGUAGGUAUUAUUCCCUUGAACGCCACACCGGGAAAAGCUUGCGGAUCCACACUGGGAGACAUCUGCAACACCAGCGAGGUGAGAGGCCGCUGACCUGACCUUUUUAUUCAUUUUCAUCUUUUUUUCUCGUCCUCCGUCUCUGACUCUCUCUCUCUCUCUCUUUCCGUCCGCAGUUCUACCUCUCCUACCACCUCUACAUCGUUGCGUUUGCCGGCGCCGGUGCCACUGUCAUCGCGUUGGUAAGCCGCUCAUGAUCCCACUGAUAAUGUGCUUCUGAAAAUAUGCACGUUGCCAUGGCGUGCUUAUCUGUUGCCAUGGCAACCCCGCCUCUCACGUUCGCCGGUAUGUCAUGCGAUGGGUAGAAAAAAAAAAAACUCCAACUCUCUCUCCAGCCUGCCUCUGCUGCGUGAGCGUGUGUAGACGGGGUCAGUGUUUUACUCCGCUGUGGAGGCGGAUGGUUUUGUUUCAUAUCGAGGAAAAUGAAGGUGCUAAAAAAGAGACGAGCUCCUCCGCUGAUGGUGUGUGGGGUCUGACAGCCCUCUGCACUCUGAUGUUUUUCAGCUCGCUUAUUUAGGAGGAGAUGCAGGAUACUAUUCCAGCAGAAGAGCGCCAAGAGAGUCAAAAACUAGGUCCACGUUUUCUGUUACUACCAAAGAGUGUGCAACGUUACACAACAACAGCCCUGAAUCUACUCAGUCAGCAUACCAAAUUUUAUAUUUAACUGUUAAUGUCUGAAUCAAAUCCAGCUGAAACAGAUUUAGACACAUUCGAGAAGUGAAUCUGGAAGUUUGUAUUUGGGCUUACAAGAAAAGACAUGCAGAAAAUUAAAAAUAAAGUGGUAUAAGAGUGAAAAGGUUAAUAUUUUCUAUUUAAAAACAUGAGGUAUUAGAAGGAAAGCCUUUCCAAAGUUCCAGUUUGUUACCUUAUUAGUGAGUCAGAUUUAAAGCUCCUGUAAGGAAUUUUAUAGUGAUUGUAAAACGGAUUAAAUUUAAUCAUGAAAACAAACCCAUUACUAAAACAAUCAACGAUAUCUAGUUUGUAAUUUUUAAUACUGCGAGGGGGUAUUUUUGUAAGAAAACACAACUUAAACAUGUACUGAACAAGACUGCUGAGAUAAAAAGGUUUAACUUUGUCCACAGGGGGGCGCCAUAAACAGAAAAAAUGUCUUCACAGGAGCUUUAACUAUGUACAAUAUCUGUUUGUUACAGAAGUUAUACCAACAUUUACUGAAUGGGAGGUUUAACAUGGGUGCCAAUGGAUACAGCUUAGUUUUGGUGUAAGCCCCAAGUGGACACUCAAGGAACUGCAGUUUUUUACACUUCCAUAUUUAUUAUUUACAUUUAGCAUUAUAUUAUUAAAGAAUAGUUUCUGCAGACCAGCUCACUUCAGUGGAGCUUUAACAAUAAAUGUUGAAACAGUCAACAAGUGUUGUUUGUAUUUUGGUGUCAGUCACUUUUGUUUGCAUUGAAUUGUCACUGAAUUUACCACAAACUUCCCACUCUUCUUCAGAUCCACUACCUGAUGAUUUUGGCAGCCAACUGGGCCUACCUAAAGAGCGCCGUCUCCACGCACGAGUACCAGGACAUAAAGACCAAGGACGACCAAGAUCUGGAGGCUGAGGCGCGCUCCAAGGAGGGCCAGAACUCCUCCUCCUACUCAUAAGGACCAGGGAUCCUCUACUGCCACCACCCAUCUCCUUUCCACACCUCAAAUCCCCCCACCCUGCAACACCCAGCACCCGUCCCUCCCUCAGUUAAAACAAAACCACCUCGGUCAUGUUUGAUAGUCCCCCAAACCGCCUGAUCCUCCGUCCUCUUCCCCUCCACGAUGUUUAUUACGAGUCGUCAGCUCGCAGACGAGGGGGAAGAGGACAGAGGAUCGGGAGAAGCGGCAGGCCCAGACGGAGGCAGAUGCUUCAGAACGGGAGGGCUCGCCCGGCCGCCCGGGUGGAGCUCAGGUACGGUACAUCAGUUCAGAAGCGUCUCCUCCCGCGCGCAUUUGGGCGGCGGCUCGUGAACGAGGCCCGGCUGUGAUGGCCUCGCGCCCUGAGCCAGCACAGCCUCUCGACACACAGCUCCUAACAGCCUAAAAAAAACAUUGUUCACUGUCUGCUCCAGCCACAGGGGAGCCGGGCAGCGACCACCUUCCUCCGUUUUUUGGUGUUUUAUAUGCAUAUAUAUAUGAAUAUGAAUAUAUUGUGCGAAUGUGUACGAAUGUUGUUGUUUUUUUUAAUGCUCUCGGAAAAGUAUGCCUGGUACUAUUAUGAUCUUUUCUUCUUCUUUAUGGUUUUUAUUUUGCGCUCAUGGGGUUUUUCUCCUUUUCUUUCUUUUCCAUCUUAAGACUUUUUAUUGCUAAUGCUCGAUACGUUGUUGCACUAUGACAAAACAAUAAUAAGGGAGAAUAAAAUUCUUAAAAACACACACAGCACCCAUGCCCCCUGCUCCCAUCGAAAUACCGAAAACUCUAAUCAUGUUGUAUCUCAAGGAUUUUAUUUUUAUUUUACAUAUACAUGAAGUUAUUGGUGUUACUUUAAGACAAAAGGUGUAGCAAACUUUUAUAAGGGGAAAAGUUAUUGAAGCUACUUUCGUGUCUGAAAGCGGUAUCAACUAAAGGGGCAUUUCCCAGAAAUUUUAAACUACUUUCCUUUCAGAUUUUCUGUUUUUGCUACACUUAACACCAGCGGCUGCGGGAAUCCGACGCAGCUCCGCCCGGGUUUUUUUUUUUUAAAACACAAACUAAAAAAACGCACACCUCAGGAAUCAAACCAAAUCUGAUUUUUGCCAGUUGUGUUCUUUCCUAAAGCUUCGCCAUCGAACCGUUAAAACCCCUUCCUGAACGACGAACCAACAAUCAUUUUCUAAAGCCUCUCCUUUAAGAAUAAACUUCACCUGUAAAUAGCGAAAUCACCCUUAAAAAAUAACAAAAAAAUCUCAAUUCACGCCUCUCCCGAAGGAGGAGGACACAAUCAGUGUUUCGCCAUGCUCUUCUAUGAUUUUUUUCCACAGAUAUAUGUAAAUGUACCCUUUGAGAUAUGUGUUUAGCACUCAAAUACUAGUUCUGCAUUUGAUAUAAUAAUUGUAAUGUAACAUCUUCAAUGAUAUGUCGUGAGAGGGAUGCAGUGCAGUCAUGAUAUGAUAUGAUGGAUUGAGGUGCUUGUGACGUAUACAUUUUAAAAUGUGAACAAAAAAAAAUAUGGAGAUUAAUUUUUAAUGUUUUAUCAGUUUUAGGCAGCUGGGUUCUUCUCGUGAUUCAGUAAUUUUCAUUUUAUUGAACUUAUUUGUGCUUUUUUUUGGUUUUUUCCUUCAAUGGUCGGCCAAGUAAGUGACUCAUCAGCACAUGGGUUGAUUUUUUAAAAGUCACUUUUUUCUUUUUUUAAACUUUUUGUUUGUUUUUUUGUUUUAUUUUUAAACGUCAUGCCUCUCAUAUGAGCCACAGAGACUGUUUUUGGAUGUUUACACUCUGAAUAAAAACCAGUCAGGAAUUUUCAUACAUUAAUUUUAUAAUUAGAUAUUGUUUAAUGAUCAUGAACUAUAUUCUAUAUUGAUCAUCACUGGUUAUUUUCCCUGGAGAAAAAAAAAGAUAACACUGAAGAAGACAAAUUUUUGAUCUUUAAUGAGAUGAAGCAUGUCAGUAUCGUCCAUGUGUGCAGCUGUCUAUUCUGUAUAAAAAAGGACUAUAUUGCCAUGUGUGUUAUGUUUGAUAAAUAUACGUGCUUUGCCGCCAGGUUGAUGUAAAGGCAAACUUCAAUUUCCUAUAAGACGAUGCGUGUCAGGGUGUUGUUGUUUCCUCGUUAUUUGCAUGAAGGAGACAUGACUGUGUCUUUGCAGUUUUUCAGGUGAUGUGUAGUCAAUUGUACUGACAACUAUGGUAGGCGGUGUUUGACCCCCUUCCUCCACACCCCUUCCUCCCCCCUUUCCACCCACGCUUUUCUAAAGAAAACUCCAUUGUACUUUGAUGGCAUUGUAGUCCCUGUAGGUGUUUCAUUAUGGUUUUAUUUUUUAAGUUGGAAAUAGUUCUAUGACUCCUAUAUAGUGAUGAUUUUUGUAACCUUCUCUAGUAAAACCGAUAUUUUUUAUUAUCGUGACACCGUGUCUCCUGUCUCUUUUUUGUGUGAGUCUCCCAGUUUUCUAUUAAAGCUCCUGUAGGGAGUUUUUUGAUGUUUAUGAAACAGACUGAAUUUUAUAUAUGAUGUUCAAAAGCAAACGAGAC